GCGCCUCGAUGUCGUUUCAGCCUCACGGCGGGGAUCCCCUCGAGCACACCAGCCUCUACCAGCGCGCCGAGAGCGACGACAGCGACGGGGAGGGAGGCUUGGGCAACGUGAACAGGCUGGUGAUCCGGCCGCCGGGCCACAGCGGCAAGGCCAAGAGGGGCCACCUGUGCUUCGACGCGAGCUUCGAGACCGGCAACCUCGGCCGCGUCGACCUCGUCUCCGAGUUCGAGUACGACCUCUUCAUCAGGCCCGACAUCUGCAGUCCGCGCCUGCGACUCUGGUUCAACUUCACGGUGGACAACGUGCGCCAGGACCAGCGCGUCAUCUUCAACAUCGUCAACAUCUCCAAGAGCAAGAACUCGUUUCGGGACGGCAUGACGCCGCUGGUCAAGAGCAACUCGAGGCCCAAGUGGCAGCGGCUGCCGCACCGUCAAGUCUUCUACUACAAGUCGGCCCAGCACCAGGACCACUACGUGCUGAGCUUUGCCUUUGCCUUCGAUCGCGAGGACGAGCUGUACCAGUUCGCCCUGUCCUACCCGUACUCGUACACGAGGUGCAUGGGCCACUUGGACAAUUUAGUGGAUAGGUGCAGGUUCCACCGACUCAUGCUGAAGCGCGAGACUCUGGCAAGGUCGAUCAAGUCGCGAAGCGUGGAGCUGCUGACGAUAACCGAAGCGACGGCGGCGGCGUCGGCGGCGGCGUCGGCGGCGGAGGAACAGCGCAGCCGCAGGACGGUGGUGAUUCUGGGCCGAGUGCACCCGGGCGAGUCGCCGUCGUCGUUCGUCUGCCAGGGCCUCGUGGACUUCCUCGUGAGCGCGCACCCGAUGGCCGCGGUGUUGCGCCGCUACCUGGUCUUCAAGAUAGUGCCGAUGCUCAAUCCCGACGGCGUCUACCUGGGCAACUACCGCUCGACGGCCAUCGGCAUGGACCUGAACCGCUCGUGGAACCGCAUGUCCGAUUGGCUGCACCCGACGCUGCUCGCGACCAGACGGCUGCUCGAGCGCCUCGACAAGGACCCGCUCGCCCCGCUGGACUGCGUGCUGGACCUGCACGCUCACAGCAACGCCAGCGGCCUGUUCGUCUACGGCAGCACGUACGACGACGUGUACAGGUACGAGCGCCACACCGUGCUGCCCAAGCUGCUGGCGCAGCUGGCCGAGGACUACGAGCCGAGCAACACCAUGUACAACCAGGACGCGCACAAGGAGGGCACGGCCAGGCGGUUCCUCUGCUCGCUGCUGAGCGAGCGCGUCAACUGCUACACCCUGCACGUGUCCAUGCACGGCUACGCGCGCAAGGGCAGCGACGGCCUGCUGCCCUACACCGAGGACAGCUAUUACCGGGUGGGCAGGAACCUGGCCAGGGCGCUGCUCGAGUACCACAGGCUCACGGGCCUGAUACCGGCCGGGCUGCCCGAUCAGCCGGCGUCCAGGCGCGCCCGCCAGUCGCGCCAGCGUCGCAGGGUCGUCAGGCAGCCGAGGCCCAGGACCGCGAGGACGCCCGCGCCCCUGCACCUCGCCAGCAUUCACGAGUACUUCCGUCUAGCGGACGAGGAGGAACAGGAGGCGUUGGAAGCUCGUUGCCGAUCGAUGAGCGGCACUCGUAUGGCGGUAACAGCCGCCGCCCGUCGUUCUCAAGCCGCCGCUGCAUCGGCCAGAUCGCGCACCGCCGACGACGAGAUACUAGCCCCAACGCAACAGCCGUCCUCGCCAGCGCGACUCACGAUCGUAGACUUCAAUCAACUGACGCGCGGUGGCCUCGAGCUGGCCGUCAAAGACAAGCAACAACAACAACAGCAACGCCGUACCUACCUCAACCAC